CUAUAAGUUCAAACCCAGUUCCUCAUCAAAGACACACUCUCUGCUUUCUGCUUGCAGGCAACUGAUUAGCUCCAUCUCUGGUCCUCAGUUCAUCAGAACCCUUUCCAAUCCUCCUCCUAUAAUGGCCACCGCUGUCUCCACCGUCGGCGCUGUCAACAGAGCCCUGCUGAGCUUAAAUGGCUCUAGCGGCAGUGGUUCAGUUCCCAGCUCAAGCUUUAUGGGAAGCAGUUUGAAGAAAGUGAACUCAAGGUUCCUCAGCUCCAAGAUCUCAUCCGGGAGCUUCAAGAUUGUAGCCGAGGCUCAAGAGAUCGAUGAAGAAACUCAGACCAACAAGGACAAAUGGAAAGGCCUUGCCUAUGACAUCUCCGAUGACCAACAAGACAUCACCAGAGGAAAGGGUAUGGUCGAUUCCCUCUUCCAAGCUCCCAUGGGCGACGGAACUCACUUGGCCAUCAUGAGUUCUUAUGACUACGUUAGCACUGGACUUCGCACGUACAACAUGGACAACAUGAAGGAUGGUUUCUACAUUGCUCCUGCUUUCAUGGACAAGCUUGUUGUUCACAUCACUAAGAACUUCAUGAGCUUGCCUAACAUCAAGAUUCCCCUUAUCCUUGGUAUUUGGGGAGGCAAGGGUCAGGGUAAAUCUUUCCAGUGUGAGCUUGUGUUUGCUAAGAUGGGAAUCACCCCUAUCAUGAUGAGUGCCGGAGAAUUGGAAAGUGGAAACGCCGGAGAACCCGCAAAGUUGAUCAGGCAAAGGUACCGUGAGGCAUCCGAUAUCAUCAGGAAGGGAAAAAUGUGUUGUCUCUUCAUCAACGAUCUUGAUGCAGGAGCUGGUCGUAUGGGUGGAACCACCCAAUACACAGUCAACAACCAGAUGGUUAACGCCACCCUCAUGAAUAUUGCUGAUAACCCAACCAAUGUCCAGCUCCCCGGCAUGUACAACAAGGAGGACAACGAACGUGUCCCAAUCAUCGUCACUGGUAACGAUUUCUCAACAUUGUAUGCUCCUCUCAUCCGUGACGGGCGUAUGGAGAAGUUCUACUGGGCUCCCACAAGGGAAGACCGUAUUGGUGUCUGCAUUGGUAUCUUCAAAGCUGACAAUAUUGCCGACUCCGAUGUUGUCAAGCUAGUUGACACUUUCCCCGGCCAAUCCAUCGAUUUCUUUGGUGCCCUUAGGGCUAGAGUUUACGAUGAUGAAGUGAGGAAGUGGAUCGCUGGUAUUGGUGUGGACAGCAUUGGGAAGAAGCUUGUGAACUCAAAGGAUGGACCCCCGACUUUCGAGCAGCCCAAGAUGACAAUUGAGAAGCUCCUUGAGUACGGAAACAUGCUUGUGCAAGAGCAAGAGAAUGUAAAGAGAGUCCAAUUGGCCGACCAGUACUUGAGCGAGGCUGCUCUUGGUGAUGCUAACGCUGAUGCCAUUGAUAGAGGAACUUUCUACGGUUAGGUCCUUUCAGAGGGAAAGCAGCACAGCAAGUGCAAGUUCCGGUUCCUGAAGGUUGUACUGAUCCAACAGCAAAAAACUUUGAUCCAACUGCUAGGAGUGAUGAUGGAAGCUGCUUGUACACAUUUUAAUUUUUUUUAGUCCUUUUUUUUUCGGUAAUUUGAUGGAAGGAGAGAAUUGAAAAUGCCUUUUGUGUUCUAAGGAUGUUUAUAAACAAUAUUGUUGUUGUAUCUUCCUUUUCUUGGAUUGGCAUCUUCUAAACUCUAAAUUGUGUAGUAAUGUGCACACUAUCCAGUAU